UUAUGAGCCGCAGACUCACAGUCGCCGCGCCGAGAGGAUGCGACCAAUUCGGUCGCGCGUUCGACUGGCCUUUUAGUUCUGUCGGCGACCUUCGUUCGUCUGGGACGUCCCAGACAUCACCGCGGCUCCGUCAGCAUCGGGUGAGAAGCCACCGAGUUUGGCGUGCCCUCAAUUCGGCCCUUACAAAGACGAGGAAUCUACCCAGGAAAAGUCAUCGAGUUGAACUUGUCGGAGUACCCGCCGGAAUCGACCAAGCAUACUCCUGAGACAUCGUGGCUCAUGGCUGCUGUGUGACGUAAGGGCGGACGACGAAAAAGUGGUUUCGACGUGGCUGUCGUUUGCUCAAAUAUAAAAAAGAGCCUAUUGUGUCCAGGCUGGUCCAUACGCAACCACAAUCCUGGUGGGAAUGGUAGUGGAUCGUCUGCUUCUUUGUCACACCGAAUUAAACUGGAACUUAGAGCUGUAUACGCUCCAAACGAAGCUACGCACACUCGUAUCCUGACCGAAAAAACUCAGCGGACGUGAGAGAACCAUAGUGUCGACUGCUUUGAAGGAGCACGUGUUCGCAAAGGGUGAAGACCUCAGGUGGAAAAGUGUGCGCGCCCGUGAAGAGAGACGCACAAGUGCGGUCGUGGGCACAAAGCGCAGCACCGAGAAAGUAUGCGCAGAGGCAAUGAGCCCGUGAGCCGGAUAACAGUGAGGAUUUAGACACAGUAGAUUGACCAGACGGUGUCACACAAUUGAGAUAAGCAAUAGAGCCCACCUCCUUGCCUCUCCCACGAGUGCACACGUGAAACGAGAUACGUAGAUUACCUGGCGCUAAUGUAUGCGGACAGAACAACCGAGAAACGGCAGUAGGCCGAGACACUGCUUUCAGAAUCAGUGGCACUUCGUGCGAGGUCGAGUCAUAAAAGCCCGCGCACGCGGAAAGAAGCCCAGACAUUACAACACUAAUUGUCGCCUCUCCCUGCGGAAGAGUUCUGGAAGGGGAAAUCGAAAGGGCAAGGCCGAGGGUGUACCGCAAGACGCUCCUGAACCAGGUAAAGGACACUCUGUAAGCACGUGCGAAUGUACCACAGGAUUACGGCGGCACAGCCAGUGCACCGAAACACAAUACCUACCUAGGUGGAAAGCACUCCGAAAGAGCUGCAAAAGUCAGUGAAAGCUCACCGCAUUACGCGCAGCAGUUGUGGUCACUGCUACUUUCUGUGGUUAGCGUGCGUGCAAAACGACUCCUAUACUGAAGCCGGGGCACUGCUGACGAGCUUCGUUCUAGAGGUCCCGUUCUACUGGAGACUCGAAACACACACGGGUUUUUCCAGGAAAACCGUUAAAGAUAGCCUGCUCUUUGACUGUCUGUGGAAUAGUGCAUAGAAACGGGGAGAAGUGUGCGUACGAGGCAACCACCUCAAGGGCCACCGUUUGAUAACGCCCGCAAAAGACACUCUUCACAAGGAAGAGUGCAAGAUGGCUGCCACUCACUUCGCCGUGCUGGACUAUGUCGUGCUCAUCGGGUUCCUGGUGCUCUCCGCGGGCAUCGGCGUGUUCUUCGCGUGGCGAGACCGGCGGCACGGCUCCAACAAGCACUUCCUGACCGGAAACAGAGAGCUUAGCUGGCUUCCGGUGUCCAUGUCCAUGAUGGCCAGCUUCCUGUCUUCCAUCGCCAUCCUCGGACUUCCGUCGGAAGUGUUCCUGCGCGGCUCGACCAUCUGGACCGGUGCCAUCUCAUCCAGCAUGGCUGUGCUUGUGGCAGCAUUCGUAUUCCUGCCCAUGUACUACAAGAUGGACAUCACCAGCAUUAACGAGUAUUUGGAGAAGAGGUUCAUGUCAACUGCUGUAAGAAACAUCGCUUCGGCCGUCUUCAUCGUGCAAACGCUGCUUUACAUGGGUGUUGUGCUCUACGGCCCUUCAUUGGCUCUAGGAUCUGUGACAGGCAUACCUGUAUGGUCCUCCAUCCUACUGAACGGCAUCGUGUGCACUUUCUACACCGCCAUAGGUGGCAUCAAGGCUGUGGUAUGGACGGAUGUGGUUCAGAUGGUUCUCAUUUACGUCGGCUAUAUCAUGGUCAUUGCAUCGGGCGUCUAUCACUUGGGAGGCUUCGGCAACAUGUGGCAGAUCGCCGGUGACGGAGGUCGGCUUAUAUUCCUCAAUUGGAGCACAAGCCUUUACGACACGUACACCACCUGGAAUGUCGUCCUCGGCUGGACUAUCGGAUGGAUGAGCGCCUACUGCGCCAGCCAGACUCAGGUGCAGCGCUACUCCAGCAUGAAGUCGCUCAGACGAGCACGCAGGGCACUGCUGCUCAACAUUCCCGGCGUGGCCCUGACCUUGCUGCUGUCCGUCUUGUCGGGGCUGACACUCUACGCCGUGUACCGGGACUGCGACCCCACGCUCACUGGCGACAUCGACAAAGCAGAUCAGUUGAUGCCAUACAUUGUGCAAGACUUGCUGAGGAACUACCCCGGACUCAGUGGCCUCCUUGUGGCGUCUGUCUUCAGCGGUUCCCUAAGUACGCUUUCUUCCGGCUACAAUGCCCUGGCAGCGGUGACCUGGGACGAUUUCAUUCGGCCUCGGGUCAACAUCAGCGAAGCCGCCGCGCUACGACUCACGAAGCUGAUGGCCGCUGCCUACGGCCUACUAUCCAUAUCGAUCGCUUUCCUCACCGGAACCAUGGAAUCUAUCAUACAGGCAUCGGCUUCGCUGGUCGGAGCCCUGUCCGGUCCCCUGCUGGCCAUUUUCGUCCUGGGAACUUUCUUUCCUUGCUGCAAGAAGAAGGGUGCCAUUACGGGAAUACUGGUAGCCAUGGCAACGUCCUGGUGGCUCGCUCUAGGCUCCAUCGUAUACCCGCGCGAUGCAGACGACCUACCCACGUCCACCGCAGGCUGCGUCGACUUCAAUCAGACCAUCACGGCUGGCUCAUUCGACCCCCCACCAUUACCGAGCGGAAUCUUCCAGUUCUACCACAUCUCAUUCAUCUGGAUCGGCAUUGUCGGCUUCCUCACGCACAUGGUGGUGUCUCUAGCAGUCAGCCUCGUUUUCGAGAGAAACGAGAAGGAAGAGGUGAACCCCAAGUACAUAUGCCCGUUCGUCCGGCAGUACAUGAGCAAUUACGUCAAGAAAAGCACCGACAACGUACUCAAGGAGCCUCUUCCUACGACGAACGGAGUGUCACCGACGGAACUCAAGCGGCUGAUGUCAGAAGACCAAUAAAAAAAACGAAAACACGAAAACGCAA